AUGCCUCUCUAUCAGGGGGACAUGUGCCUUCUGUCAGGGCCGAGCUCUCAAUACAACGACCCAACGCCAACAGGUCAAAGACAGGCAGUCACAUCACGAAGCAUUUACCCUCUGACAAAGAGUCAGGAGGGGAUGUGGGUAGAUUUUCAAACUGACCCUUUCAGUACCAAGUAUAACCUCACCUUGGAAUGGGACAUCCUCCACAAUCGAUCAGGACCCAAGCCUACGAUUGAUGAAUUACUUCACGUAAUUACAAAGUUGACUGCAAGACACGCGACACUCCGAUCCAUGUUUACACUUAUCGAUGGCAAACCCAAUAUGGAGGAAUAUACGGUUGACGACGUGAAUCCAGAAAUUCGUAUCGUCUACCGGGAAGAUUCCGCGAUUGAAGAGCGAACCAUGACCCAGAUCCUGCGGAGGCCAUUCGCGCUUCAACACGAGCUUCCGGCUCGUUGGGUCAUCCUUCAAGACCCGGAAGUGUUUAGGGUCUACAUUACCUGCCACCAUAUUGUGGUGGAUGGCCAGUCCAUGACCAACAUCUCCGGCGAGUUUGUCGAGUUAUUGGAUAACCCCGAAACUACACUGUCCCCUGUGGUGCCUUUCCAUACCAUGCAUAUGAUAGAGAGAGCCCGGGCUAGAUCUCAAGCCUACAUCGAUAACCAGAGUGUGCUUCUUAAUCAAGCUCUGAACCAGAACAAUUCCCUUUGGCCAAAAAGUCUUUCGAACUCUUCUGUUUCGAACGAAAAUUACCGUCACAUCGAUUCCUGGUGUGACCUCGAUAAUUGGAGUCAGCUAUUCAAAACGUCAUGGUUCCGCGUGGCCACGUCCCUGGUGGGGUUGCUUGUGAUUGACAAAACAAGGCCUCAAUUUGGCAGAGAUGAGUCCUUGGUAUCGGCAGUGGGCAAGAACAUAAGUGCCGUCAAAAGGGCCGAGUUGUUCCCGGCUGUGGAGGUUGUGCGAUCUUGCCGGAACCUGAACAUCGACUACAUACCGCCGAAGGUGGCUGUAACGUAUUCACCCAAGCUAGCGAAGUCCGGUUGUAGGCUUUUCCCCGUCGAGGGAUCUUGGGACCUGUUCUUCUGCUUCCUCGAGUACGAGAACGACGUCAAACUUGGUGUAAUCUACAACCCGAAAGUGUUCUCGGGCACGGCUGUGGCGAACAUGAAGACUCAAUUCGAUUCUCUGUGUGCUCUCAGCAAGGUGCAAGGGACGAAGUUGACUGAAAUGUUGAAAUGGCUCCCCGAACACUCGAAUUUGCCGAAACAACCAACAGAAAUGCAAUCGAAUCCUUUAGUGCACGUUCACCAUUGGAUUGAUGCACAUGCAGAAACGCGCCCAGAAGCCAUGGCACUCCUCUCUAGCGAGCUAGGGAAGUCCAUGACGUACGGUGAGCUGUACGCUUCGAGCGAGGAGAAAGCGAAAUUCCUGAGAAGGAGAAACAUAAGUCGUGGAGACAAGGUUCUCAUUCAUCUUCAUCGCGGGUUUGCAGUCAUUGAAUGGAUCCUUGCCAUUCUUAAAUGUGGUGCGAUAUUUGUUUACCUCGAUCCCGACUUUACCCAGCGUCAGCAAACAUCUGUCAUGGCCAACUGCAAGCCGAAACUGGUCAUCGAUGAAACUUCAGUGAAUGAGGAAAUUCCAUCUGAGGCCAAUGACACGGCAGUCUCGCAAGACGAAAUCAAGUUCACCACAGCGGAUGCAGAUAUAGCAUACAUCAUUUAUACAUCCGGUUCGACGGGAGAACCAAAAGGCGUCAUGAUCGAGCAUGGCAGCUUGGCGGCCUUCGUGAGAGCCUCCACCGAUGUAUUUGAGGUCGGCUUUGGAACUCGAGUCUUGCAACUGGCAUCAUUCUCCUUCGAUGCUUCCAUCCUAGAGUGGAGUAAUGCGCUCUGCACGGGUGCUUGUCUUUGCUUUGCUCAAUAUCCCAAACAGCUUAAUAGCGUCACCUUCAUGCAAAUUACGCCAACCGCACUAGAAACCCUACCGCUGGAUAUUGAACUACCCAGUCUUCGACAAAUUUCCAUUGGCGGUGAAGCACCCUCUCAUGAGAUUUUUGCCAAAUGGCAACCCCGAAUCAACUUGGUCAACGCAUACGGGCCGACGGAGGCAGCCAUUGCGGUGUCCUUCAACAAGAUUGACAAGUCAAAAGAGCUUCCCGAGGUGAUAUCCGCAGGGCGCCCGAACCCUCAAGUAGGUAUCCAUAUCUGCGCAGAGGGCUUUGGACGAAUCCUGGGUCCAGGUCUCGAGGGUGAGAUUUGCGUAUCUGGGCCUCAGAUUGCCAGAGGGUAUUGUGAAAAGCCAGAAAUCACGGCAAAGAGCUUUGCCACUCACGGAUCAAGCAUUCUUAUGUACCGGACCGGCGACCGAGGGAUGCUACAGGACGAUGGUACUCUCCUUGUGAUGGGCAGAAUCGACAGAGAGCUCAAGGUUCGCGGAUUUCGGAUUGCACCAGAAGAAGUUGAGAGUGCCAUUCUAGACGCAACUCUCGGCGUUAAAGAGACCUCGGUUCAAAUCUCCGAGAAUGGCCUUGAGUUGCUUGCCUUUGUGGCGCCUAUCGGGAUCUCAUCGACGAAUUUGUUGAACGCGUUGAAAAAGGUCCUACCGAGCCACAAGAUCCCGUCAAGAAUCCACGUCCUGGACAGCCUGCCGAAAAAUGUCAAUGGCAAGAUUGACCACAAGGCUAUUCGCUCCAUGCGCGAGAAGCUUACACGCUCUAACAUCUUGGAAGAUGGCGAGUUUCUGGAGAGCGGGAGUGAGUUGGAAAUUGAAGAGACUGAUAUCUCGGAUCCUGCUGAAGAUGAACGCGUUGUCGCCAAGAUUUGGCAGGAGGUACUGAGAAUGCAGUCUCGUCCGCCAGUUGACGUCAAUUUCUUCGACAUUGGUGGCCACAGUCUUCUCGUUCCCAAACUGCAUGAUCAGCUCAAAGCUUCAUUCCCGUCGAAAGCCGUGCGGCUUGUUGAGCUAUUCCACAAAUCCACAAUCAGGAGUCAAGCGCUCCUAUUUGGCGAAAAGAAGAAGAAGUCUCGAGUUUUCCGACGCGCAGUAAAGACUGCCAGUUCUGUUGGUUCCUUAUCUGAUCAAACUCCUCUGUCUACGCGAAGCACAGCAACUUCAGUCUCCGACAUGCCUCACGGCCAUGAAGUUGCCAUUGUUGGAAUUGCUGGACGCUUCCCAGGAGCCAAAAAUGUCAACGAGUUCUAUCAGAUUCUGAUGGAUGGAAAAUCAGGGCUUCAAUCUGACAGGGAUUGCACUGAACGCAAGCUUCUCCCGGGAAAUGUUUGGGUUCAGCGAGCCGGCGUUCUUGACGAUAUCGAGGACUUUGACAACGAGUUCUGGAAUCUCAGCGAGGAGGAGGCCACCGAGAUGGAUCCCCAGCAACGACUGUUCAUGGAAGUGGCGUAUGAAGCUCUCGUCGAUGCAGGAGCAGACCUGCAGAACUUGCCUGGUGGACGCAUUGGCAUAUUCGUCGGAUCUGCUAAUCAUGCCUACCAUUUGCAUACCGAGUCAGUGGCCACAGACACCUUCCUUCGACAAAACCGAGGUUUCGUAGCGCCCUCCAUCUCUGCUCGUACCGCAUACCACCUCAACAUUAGAGGCCCAAACGUCACGAUCCAGACCAACUGCGCAAGUAGCACUGUCGCCCUAUCACAGGCUUUUGAUGCCAUUCGGCUUGGUCGGUGUGACAUGGCCAUUGUCGGCGGCGUGUCCGUUCAACUAUAUGAGGGUGGUUACAUUACGCAGCAAGGACAAAUAUUCUCUCCUCGGGGAGAAUGCAAUCCCUUCGAUUCUCGUGCGGAUGGAACCGUGCCUGCUGAUGCCGUCACUGCGGUUGUCCUACAACGAUAUUCAGCAACGACCUCUGAUGGAACAACUGCAUACGCCAAAAUACUCGGAACAGGUGUUGGAUCGGACGGAGCCCUGGAUAAGGCCGGGUACCAGGUCCCAUCGCCGCGAGGACAAGCCGAUGUCAUCAAGUCAGCAUGGGACGUGGCUCAGAUUACUCCCGAGAAGCUCAAAUAUGCCGAAAUUCAUGGAAGUGGGACUCCGAUUGGUGAUGCAUUAGAACUGGAAGGUCUCAGUCUUGCAGUCAAGGAACUAGGAGGUAGCGGCCACCAUUUCACCGUUGGUUCAACAAAGGGCAAUAUAGGAAACACACAACACUCAUCGGGACUUGUAUCGCUCAUCAAGCUAUGCAAGUCUAUGCAAGCAGGCGUUGUACCGGCGACAAUGGGUCUUGAACAACCGAAUCAAAUGAUCAACCCUGACCUCCCCAUCAUACUAGCAACAAAGCAGACCAAGCUUGAGCCUGACGACAUCCUGGCCGUGUCGGCUGCAGGGUGGGGUGGCGUCAACUCGCACAUCGUUUUGGGGUUCCCAGACCAACACUUGCUCAAGAAAUCUACAACCCUCGUGUCUGAGUCCAUGUUCAACCGAAGGAGCCUUAGGGCACCUAGACUGAGGCCAAUGUCGAACGAGGAACAGCGAGAAUCAUCCCUGGCUGUCCUCGUGUUUACAAAAUGCGCCUCCGAAGUUCUUGGGGUUGAGGCUAUGAGCGACACCGAUCUGAAAAUGCACGGCUUAGACAGCAAGUCGUAUCUCGAAUUUAUGGGAACAGCUUCGAAGCAACUCUCAGGGCCCAUGGUUGGUGUCAGAGGGAUGCUACUUUCGAAAUGCACGCCGUCUGCCCUUGCCAAUAUUUAUCAAGAUCAGCUCCGCGCAUCAGAAUCCGCCGAUGUCUCUUCCACUAUAGUCCAGCGGGGCAAUGGUGUGACGUUAGUGUUUCUCCCUGGCUCAGAAGGCAGCUCUGUCUCGGCGAUUCCAUUGCUGGAAAACCUUCACAAGGGUGUCACGAUCCUAGCACUCGAGCAUCAGGGAAAAGACGCUACGAGUACUCAUGUCGAGGCGUAUCUUGAGGCUGUGCAACCUCACAUCGGAUCUGAGAAUUUGGUUGUCGUAGGUAUGUCGCUUGGCGGUCUCUCCGCUUUACGUCUCACUGUGCUCUUGGCCGAAUUCGCCGGUGUAUCUGCCGAUUCGAUUAGCUUGAUCGCCCUCGAUAGUCCUCCCAUCAGCUCGUUGUCAGCCCUUGACCAAGAUGUUAUAUCCCGCCUUAACACUGUGGUUUAUAUCAGUGCCGUAGGUGGUAAGAGCGACAGGAACUUAGCGGCCGAGGCGCGAUGGCAAGAUCUGGCCCCUGCUACGAAGACGCACAAACUGGAUUGUGAGCAUUUUGAACUCUGGGGAAAAUCGCAUGCUGCAAAAACGGCAGGAAUCAUCAACAGCGUAAUUAAGGAUAUCUUGCAAAAGUAG